AUGCCUCUGCUUUCCUCGGCUACUGCUCCACCAUCGGUUUGCACCAUCGACAACAAUGCUCGUCGGCCGGCCACCGUGCUCCGACGUUCCGGCAGUCAGUUUCCCAUCCGGUGCGCCACCGAGGAAGCUCCAGUGAGAAAAUACGUCCAGUACCCGCCAAACUUGCGGGCUGAUGGCUACAUUCAAUCAAUCACACGCAGUUUUGAGGUGGAAGAAGAGCACAAAGUUAGAAAAUUAGAUAUGCUGAAGGAGAAAACUAGGAAUUUGAUAUACGAGAAGAAGGAAGUAGAGGAGCAGCUUCAGCUUAUCGACAGCCUACAACAACUCGGAGUGGCUUACCACUACAAAGAUGAGAUUAAGAAUGCUUUACGUGGCUUUCAUGCAUCUUUCAAUGACAUAAUUAACCUGCAGCUGAAGGACAAUCUGCAUGCCUCUGCUCUGCUCUUUAGGCUUCUCAGAGAAAAUGGUUUCUCUGUUACCGAUGAUUUAUUCAGAAGAUUCAAAGGCCAGCAGGGUCACUUGAAAGCUUCGGGUCGAGAUACCAAAGGAAUGCUGAGCUUAUACGAGGCAUCUUAUUACGCAAAGGAAGGUGAGGCAACACUGGAUGAAGCCAUGGACUUCACCAGUAAACACCUCAGAAAUCUCCUAGACAAGGGAUCCAUUAAUGACGAUCCUCGUCUAAAGGAACGAGUGGCCCAUUCCUUGGAGCUUCCACUGAAUUGGAGGUUCGAAAGAUUACACACCAGGUGGUUCAUUGAACACUUCUCUCGUAGUAAAACUGAACACAUGAGCCCUCUACUGCUUGAUUUGGCCAAACUCGACUUCAACGCAGUGCAGGGCAUACACAAGGAUGAGCACAGCCGACUCUCAAGAUGGUGGAAAGAUCUUGGCCUCGCACAACAUCUGCCAUUUUUCAGAGACAGAUUGACCGCCAACUUUCUGUGGACUGUUGGCUGUGCCUUCGAGCCACAGUUUGGGAGCUUUAGAGAGGUAGAAACAAAGUCAAAUUGCUUGAUCGCGAUGCUCGAUGACGUUUAUGAUGUCUACGGCACCUUGGAGGAACUCGAACUUAUCACAGAUGCUAUCGAUAGGUGGGAUGUCAAUGCGAUGGAAAAGUUACCAGAUUACUUGAAGUUAUGUUUUCUGGCAGUUUUCAACACAGCUAAUGAUGCAGCCUACAGGAUAACAAAAGAGAAGGGCUUGGACAUACUCCCCUACCUAAAGAGAGCUUGGAGAGAUCUAUGCAAUGCCUUCUUAGUGGAAGCAAAAUGGUCCCAUCGGAGCUACACACCCACGCUUCAAGAGUACCUGGACAACGCAUGGAUAUCGGCAUCAGGCCAUGUACUCCUCACUCAUGCAUAUUGCCUGAGCCCGUGCUUAACCAAAGAGGACUUGCAGAAUUUCAGCGGUUACCCAAAGUUACUACAGCACUCUUCUAUGAUUUUCCGACUCACUAAUGAUUUGGUUGACUCGGAAGGAGGUGGCGACGUCUCGUCUAUUCAUGGUGUGAUGCAGGAGAAAGGUGUUUCCGAGGCAGAGGCUCGUGGGAAAGUGAAGAAAAUGAUCAUGGAGAAUUGGAAAGCCAUGAACGGAGAUGGAGUUAAUUAUACGUGUCGCUUUGAGGAGGACUUCAAGAUUUGUGCGAUCAACCUCGCUCGAACAGCCCAAUUCUUUUACAGAAAUAAUAUAGAUCGAUUCAGCGAGGCCGAUGAAGAAACCAGGAAUGCAGAGACCUCCCUCCUGGUGGAACCCGUCAAUUAG